UAUUCUUCCUGCUGUGAGACGACCCGAUGGACCCCUGACAUAGUGUCAUGUUUUCCACGCAACUGUGGUUAAGACUUUUGCCCAUCAUUGGUUUGAUCCAAUGUCCUGUCAGUGUGAGCUCGCAAUAUUACGAGAUGAAUUAUCUUGCAGCCCCAGUGAGUUACCAAGAUGCGAACACCCCAAGAUAUGAUCAUGAAGUAACAGAAUAUGACACCGUCGAUGAAAAACUCCAAACGUGGAGAGAGGAAGAUCUCGUUAUACACCAGUCACAACCACAAGAGCUCACAAAACCGGGUAACGAUGGACGAAAGCUUUCACCAAUAUCAACCAACGCUCGAUCCGUUAUUCCGGACCAAAGCGAGUUGGAUGAAGUGGAUGAAGAUGCGUUAGAGAGGGGACAUGAGCAGUUUAUUGUGGAUAAAGAUGACGAGACACUUACUGAAGUAAUCCAGGAUGAUAAAGUUCCCGACACAAUCCCUUUCGUGACAGUAACGGUUCCUCCCGUAGACAAUACAAAGUCUGGUAGAAAUUCCAGCCAACUUGAAAGUUCCAAGAAUACUUCAUCGCAGAUAACGCAGAGUUUGCCAACGGGAAACAGGACUUCUUUAAUGCCGAGUCAUUUUGGCGAUACAAAUGGGACGAGAUAUGACAACAACAAGAACUCGUUGAAUCAAGACAAUUCAAACGUGAAUUCCACACUAAGUAACAACCCUUUGGUUAACAAAAAUCACAGCACUCGUGAAAAUAAAACAGUCCAAGACUCAAACAAAAAGAAAAUAUGUUCAAAGUUAAAAAAACGAAAACAUGGUAAAAAAGAACAAAUAAAUUUAAAUGGCACGGUCAACAAUGUAAUUACGGCGAACUAUUCAACAAUGGUCGUCAAAGUUAGCAAUAAUAUUACUCAAUUUUCAGUUGGUAGAAAUGCAGUAGCUCAAAAUAUUUCCGAAAUGAAGAAUCCUGAAAACAAAAGCGCCAACAAUGCGGACGCUAUAUAUACGUCAAGUAUUGCACAAAUUAAAACAGAGCAAGGUCGCAAAAACAACAUUGCUGGUCAAAUGGCAGGCACGAAGACCUCUGAUGCAGGCAAGGAUGGUGGUCUAUUCUACGCAAAUGCAACCAAUGGCUUACGUUCUUCGAAUAAUAACACUUCGGUGAUGAAUAAUUCGUUGCCGGUUUUGGAUGGUACAGCUUCUGAGACGAAGCCAAAUGCAACUGUAGGACUGGAUAAAAAACCAAAUGCUAUCAUCGUGUCAAGACAAAAUGCGAUGCAAAAUACCAGCCUGAAUAACAGAAAUAGCUCACAAAUCCUUCCUUCAACGAACGUUCGUCGUGCGAAUAUCAAUCGUAAAAUAUCGACGCAGUCAACUUCUCAAAGAUCCUCUAAACCAUCACAGAAGCUACGGUCCUUCCUGACAGCGGUCAAGGAGAUGUUUAACAAACCGGAAACCGCGCACGAUAUCCUGUCGUGGGAGGCAUGGGGACCAUGUUCCAGAACCUGUGGAGUUGGCGCGUUCAGAACUCGACAGAGAAAGUGCGAGGGACUGGUAGCAAGGGAUUUUGAUGUUGCAUGCCCAGAGCCAAGAAGACAAAAUCAGAAAUGUCCUGUUGUCCCAUGUUCUUCAAAAUCUCAUCAAAAAACUUCAAAGCAGUUUGCAAAAACAAAACAAGUGAAGACCAACCACCAGCAACGAACCAACACAAACAAUGACAAGGGAAAUGUCGAGGAAAUAUUUGGAAAACACAAGGAUAGCCCCAGAAUUGGUACCGAGGAGGAUGUAAACCAAGUGACUGGUGACGAGGCGCUAGCGGAAAGCGACGAAAGUUCCACGGAAGAUGACGAUGAUCGCCCUGAAGGUUACGACGAAACUUCAGAAUACACGAGCAACGGAGCUAGCGUCCAAACAGCCAGUCAAAAACGCUACCUUUAUACUGUAUGGGGGGCCUGGUCUGAGUGCACACGAACGUGCGGUCAGCGGGCAUACGCCUUUAGGAAACGUUAUUGUAUAAACGCUGUCACGGGCGAGAUCAAACGGCAUUGUCAGAGACCAACCAUCUUGGCCAAGAAGUGUGCACUUACACCAUGUCCAGUUGAUGGUGGCCUGUCUGACUGGUCUAAAUGGUCAACCUGCUCUGGAAAAUGUGGUAUCAUGGAAAGACAUCGCAGCUGUACAAGACCAAAACCAGCUUAUGGCGGUCGAGAAUGCUUCAAACUGCCCGUUCAGAUGCGUUUGUGUGGAACUUGCACAGAAGACAAAGUUACGGCGGUUAAAAAUCUGGCCUCGUAUUCUCCUAAAGUUCUUUGCGGUUUUGACCCGUGUCAACGAGUUGGAUGCCUGGAAGACAAAGGCGCCAUUUGUGUGACUGAUUUUGAUUGCAAUCCAAACUUCUUCAACGAUGAAGGUCACGUUUUAAAAGCUUGCAGAGAUUCGAAUCAGUUGUUUCUUCGACCUCUUGCUCAAAAGAAAUGCUCGUUUAAUCCCUGCUCUUUUGCAAAAUGUGAUGUGGAUGGCGUCAAAUGCUUGGUUGAUACAAAAUGUCGACCGUUCUUUGUUAACGGGCUGGGCAAGAGAGUCACGUGCAGAGGCUCAAACGUGCUACGAAUAUCGUCAGAUUUGAUCUGUGGUUUCAAUCCUUGCAAAAUCACAACGUGUACUGUGGAUCCUGAGGCCAAAUGUAUCACAGAUUAUCGCUGUAAUCCCAUCUUCAUCAAUAAAGCGGGACAAAGAAUAUCUGGUUGCACAGAAGAUGAAGUGGAAGCAGCCGAGUCUCUUUCAACCGGAACGCCAUCAGCAGCUCCACAGAGUACUGAAAAUCCUUCAGCCAGAGACACCACACCGCUGCAGAAACUCAACCAUCGCCAUGAACCUCACAAAGCACAGAAAUAUCGAUACGAGGCUUCCGUGAAAAAAACGAUAGAAAGCAAUAUAGAUGAAGCCAAGAAGAAACUCGAUGAUAUCACAAAGCUUGAGACCAUUCUUGCUCGACGGUUGAAUGACAGUUCAGUUUCUUACGGAAAUUCAACAAAUUCUGUGGAAGAACUUCCUGGUGAAUUGAGCGCCUCUUCUGAACUUCAUGCAAAGGAAAAUGCACUGGAUAUAAAAUUCUUAGAGAGUGUAUUACAAAGUCGAUUAGAUCCGAACGGUACGCUAUAUUCUGAGAAUACAACAUCCACCGGGGAGAAUUUGCAGGAGAUGAGAAACGAUAGUUCAGAUAACGAACACGAACACAACAAAGAGAACAACAUCGCGGCAUUUAAUCUGGGCUCAGGCGAUGAAACAACACCAGAUAAUACACUCACACUGAAAACUGUCCACGAAAACAACAGCGAGACCACAGAAAUCGUCGAUAGCCCUUCGACGGAGAGUGAGUCGUUAAACACUGACGUUUUGGACCAACCUGUGACAUAUACGGAUAAAGUUUCUGUGGACACGAGGGAGAAGCCGCUCGAAGUCAAAACCUCGCCAGAUAUUGCCAUGGAAGCGGAUUCAAACUCGAAACUUGGUUUGGGAACAGAAGAGAAAGACAAGGAGACAAUUUCGCAACGAAAAAAAGAGAGACAAUUGGCCGAUGUUGAUCGAUACAUAUUGGACGAGUUGUAUAGAAAGAAGAUGAUGGAAGACGCGGGCACGAAGCCCCUUGGAUCAUCGGGUGGUGCUCGACCUGAAGGUAAAACUGAUCUUGUUGCGAAUGAGACUACUGGACUUGCGAGUGAAUAUAACACUAAAAAUCAGGCUUCCAGUGACAACAUGGUGAAUACUGAUUACAAUACUGACAGUUACGCUCGCAAUAGUGGAAAUAACAAUGAUCUCAGCAACGUAAGCAACGUAAACAACAACAUUGGCCUUAUUGCAAACAAUUCUAGCGACAGCAAUAACAACAACAACAGUUACAACAACAAUGAUGCUGCUGUUAAUAGCAACAUUAGUGUCCAUGGGAACGACAACAAUUUCGAAAACAAUGCAGUUGUUCCUAAACAAGCUAAUGAUACUUUGCCUUCGAUUGUUAGCGUUAAUAACCACAUCCAAUCAACGACAACAACACCAGCAGCAGCAGCAGCAACGAACAACAACAACAAUAAUAUAAACAGCAAUAAUAACGACUUGCCAAGUGUCGAACUUAACAAGAACAGCAACAACAGCUUCAACAUUUACAAAAACUCGAAUCCCAAUCACAAUAACGAAAACUAUCCUCUCAAUACCAAAAUAAAGCCUGAACAUUUGAUAACUCCCCCGGCCAUUGAGCAUAAAAUAUUUAAAAGCAAUCCUUCGCAAAACACUACACUGCACUACAACUUACUCCCGGCCAAAAUGCGAUUCAUUAAAAAGCUAAACAAAGCCGCCCCAUUGGGAACUAAAGAAACAACUCAAGAUAAUUCACAUCUCUCCAAAAUUUUGUCCGAUAAAAAGCACAGUAAAACUGAAAAGGACGUAUCUCUGGACACAUUGUGGGAUAACUAUUUAGCUGACAAUGAAUUGCUGCACGGAGGCGCUGUGCUUUUUGAUGCGGCAGGUAAAAUUACGAAUGGUAAAACUACGUUUGAACACAGUAAAUCGGAUGGUUAUCAUUCUAGUACUCAUCUCGAAAAACCUGGGAAAGUGAAGUUAGUUAAUGGUGGUAGUAUCACGCCGGGGCAUAAAGUGGUCAACACUUUGUUACACACCAGCAAACCUGGAAGACAAGACGAACAUAUUCCUGUUUUGCAUUCAAGCGAUCCUGACCUUGUGAUAUCACCCUACGAUGAAGAUGUUGCCAGCAAUGCAUUGGCAAAAGAACAAGACGAGAAUCCUGAAGGUAUUCCAUCAAAUGCUGAAUUGAAUAAAAUUUUAGACUCGGCCUACGCCACCAAGCUUAUUGACGGUAACCACGGAUCCAGCACGCUACCACAGAAAACACAAAAUCAACCUGCGGACUACGCCGUUCCCCAACAGCUUUCGUCGGCCCAACCAGAUAAGCCAUUCAAUACGUUGUCUAGUAAACCAGAUAAUCGAGUUACAGACGGCGCAGCUCAAAACAACUUCAUGAAUAAACUGAUUUUGAAAGCUGUUCAAAAAGAAAUAUCUAAACUGAAAAUUGAUGGCAUAUUAAAGGAUGCAUUAUUUAACACAAAACCCUCACAGGAAAAGCAGUCAGACAAGGCGACUUCACCAGAAAAACAGCGCAAGCAAGAACAUAAAAUCGGAGUAGCAGAGAACGCCGCAGGAUAUCUGGGAUAUAACAAGGAUAAUCCUGGGCACGUAGGGUCGACUGAAACACCAUAUUUAUCAUCUCAGAAACAAGGUCGACAUGAUACGUGGAUAAGUAAGAAUCUGAGGGUGAAUCAUGUGGAAAAUGGGGCAUUUGCUAAGCAAGAAAGGCAGGAUAAGACUGGACAUUUAGGGAUAAACAAAAGGCCAAAUGGUAUAUUUGUUUUGAAAGCUAAGCCGUACAAGGCGAAAGAUUUUGAGGGAACCAUGGAGGAUAAUAACCAGGUAUACCCACCAAAGUCCAAAGCGAUCCCCACAACUGUGCCAAUAUUUCAAGAAGAAAACGGGGGUGAUAUCAUGGCGACCUAUCAACCGGGGGGUGCAACUGAAAAUUCCAAUAGCGACGAGGAAGAAAAUGACCGCGAAACAAUGCGUGAACUGGAUGAUUACCUGGAAAAUGACGACCUGGAAAAAACCACCGCGAAACCCGAGUACACCACAAAUACCCCUGAGGAGAGCGACGUUGGUUCUCAGUGGAAGGACGAGGAUUAUAGUAGUCCUACGGGGCAAGAAAGGAUAGAUGGGGUGAAUAAUGGACAUGGCAGGGAGCCUGAAUACAAGGAAUCGUAUUCGCCAUCGUUAUUGAACGAAAUAAAGGAACUCGGACUUCAUGAGUAUUAUAUUAAAGAUGGCUUCCAAACUCCCAAACAUAAAGGGAUCGAUAAUGCGCAGGUUCGUCAGAUAGUAAAAUCCCAUCACCGUAGAGUAAACGAAUACGGCGAUAAUCAGUACGACAGACAUAGGUAUCGUCCUCUGCGGUAUGGAAAAAAAUUCCACUUGGCACAGGUCAAAAUGAUCCCUGGUGAAAACACCCAUGGCGCUUUCAGACAACAUAAUUCAGGUGGUGAUGAAAUCGAACGAGUACCGAGCAGUUACCGAGAGGAGGACGUCGUUGCACGAUCCCAUACUUCUCCCAAAUAUCCAAAGAAAGGAAAGAGUCCCGUGAGAACACUGAGCAAUUUCUUUAACAAAUUACGUAAUUAUUAUGAACAAGCACACACGGGGGAAAUCGCAAACGUUUUGAAAAAUGAUCAUCAAAACGCUGACCUUGAGAACGCGGUUAUCCUGACCGCAAAGGAUGAUGGAGAUCAAAGGAAUUAUGCUCAAGAUUCAACGAACUCUAUCGUCGAUCCAAAGAAGAGAAGAUUCUCUCACGGUGAUAAUUUGAUGGAAAAUAAUGUUUUAUUUGAUGAAAACAAUAUUUCGAAUGGAAGAGACAGUGAUCUGAUGGUUUUCAGGGCCACAGAUGAGAAUGAUAGGGACUAUAGACGAAACUUAGGAAUACGAUAACAUCCUUUAAGUAGAAAAAACCUGUAUGA